ACAGCUGUGCUCUGCCUAGCAGAAACUUGGUAUGAUUUCAUUGAUUUUGUUCACUUAAGUGAAAAAACAGAGUUUAUUUUUUAUUUAAUUAGAAGUUGAAAAAAUGACGUUUUCUAGCCAAGGCAGCUCUCAACAUUGAUGAAACUGAAAACUUGAAAGUUCCAGUGUUUGAAGCAGCAGGGAUACAGAAAAACAGCCAAUACAAAUCAUGGAUGAAAUUUAUAAGAUCACUUCCACAGACAGGAUCCAGUCGUUGGAGAAAGAACUGGCUGUGCAACUGACAGAACUGAAGUCCGAGAUAGAACAGAGUUCUUUUCAGGGAACAGCGAAUCAAGCGUACAGCUCUGUUCAAAUACCAAAGGACAUUUCUUACUUUAGAAGAGAAAGGGAAUUGGCACUAAAGAAAACCUUACAGGUGGCCGAGUCGAAGCCCCUUGUUGUUCAGGCAGAUGUCCUGCAGAGGGAGCUAGAGAGCUGCCUAAGAAGAGAGUACACGCCUGAAAACUUACCUUUGCUUCUGUUGCAGUAUUACACAGACAGAAUUACGCAGCUGGUCCAGAGUAAAUAUUUGCACAUGCUUCGGUGGAAGAAGUUUUGCCAGCACAGUAAGAUCAUGGAGCAACUUUAUCCUCUUUACAAGAAACAAGUUGGCUACAUUAUGCAGGAGUACAAUGAUGCCAUUCAGAGAGCUGAAAGAUUGUCUGUUGCUCGGGAAAACUUCCUUAUGGGAAAAAACAAUCCUCCGAACUUAGUGACACAGGAAGACCUGACUAUUUACACGAAGUGGUUAGUGUGUCACCUACACUCUGUCAGGACUAUUCACCACUACCUGCAGGCCCUCCAGUAUCUGCCCAUCUCCAAAGUGCUGGGUGUAGUUGUCAACCAGGUCCCAGAGGUCAGUCAGGAAACUGAAAAGGUCUGUGUCAAUGACAUUGACCCUGACAUCCAGGGUGCUGCAUCUCCUGGCCCUAUGGAUACCAGCAUUUCAGGGUCAAUGAGAAAGGAAGCUGCUUUCGUCCUACCCCAACACACAACAGAAACAGGAGAACUGAAACCUCAGCUGAGGCUCCUGCUCUCGCAUUUCAAUAUCCCAUACGACAUAGAAGAGCUAAGGGACUCCACAAAGGAAAUGGAACUUUUUUCCCUGGUUUCCCAAAAAUUUCAAGCCGUCUUCACAGAACAACAGAGAAUGCAAACAUUUCCAGACUACGAGACUGGGAUAGCUAAAGCGGAGAAUUUGGGUUUGGCAGGACCUGCUAUAACCCUGAAGAAGACAGCUAACUGGAUUUCCUUUAUAAAGAUCAAGCCAAAAUGUGAUCCAUGGCAAAAGAAGCUUUUGACCAAACUAAAAGAACGGAGAAGAAUAGAUGUAUUAAUGCAACUCCAAGGAAAGUUUUUGAAGAUUUCUGACCCUGAGCGAGUAAUGCAAGUGCUCCAAGCUCAUGCUGCAAAGACAGUCAUGCCGGCUCCACAUCGUCCUCCUUUUGUGGCUUCCCAGGGUUUGCAUCAGUGCAGCUAUGACCAAAUCUGGGAGAAUAUUUAUAGCAACAUCAACCUCUAUCAGAAUGAAAAUAUGAAGGAUGAUGACCUCUCAAUGGAACGAAAUGAAAAUGAACUAGCACAAAUAAGUCUCAGCCAACACACUGCUCCGCCUCUCAAGCAGAAAAGAGAGACAGGGUACAACUAUGCAAUGGCGCUACAAUUGCUGGGCUUGGAUGAUGGCCCCGAGCCCAGUGAUAGGAAUCUUGUCCUGACAAGAGGGGCCUACCUGUCCUUUCUGUAUCUGCGCCACCUGCGAAUCAGGGAACUGCAGCGCAUCUGCUUAGGAAUUCUGAACUAUUUCAGAUCCAUUGAGCGAACUCUGACCAUCAACACUUCGGGCCUUACCUUGGUUUCAGGGAACCUGGUUCCCACCAUGGAAGAUAGUUCCUGGGUAAAUAUGGCAAAAGGAGGCUUGGGCACCUUGCAUGGCCUGGGAUCUGGCCACUACAUCCAUGGGACACCUGCUGAGCACAAGGUCCACAGCGUCCAAUUCAUGGAGUUCUCCGAAGUGGAGAACCAGGAUGACUCCUACAGCACAGGAGGGGGCUGCGUCCACACCCAGGACCAGCAAGGCGUGCGUGUCAUGUACGAGGCAGCCUUGAGUGAUCUGAAGGAACUGGAGGCAGAGCUGCUGCUUGUGGCCAGCUGCUACAUUGAGAAAGAAAAGGGUCACAGAGAGGGCGGUGGAUCAAAGCGUGGGCAGGACGGGGGAUGGGCCCACGCAGGCGUGGACAGAUUUGCCGUGCUGUAUGACGUGUGGACUUGGGAAGCAGCCCUCCUGGAAAACAAGCGCCAGCUUCUUGACAGUUACUAUGAAGCCUAUCAGCACACGUUGGACCCCGAGCAGAGGUUUGCUUUAGCACAGGUAAUGACGGACAUCAUGCACCGGCGCCCGAGGUUUGAUCUCAGCCACCCUUAUUUUAUUAAGGCCUACCAAGACGAAUGCACCUGCCUGAGGCUUCACCUGCAGCUAGUGAGGGGCAUCCUCAACCAGCAAAUAGAGCAUCAGAGGGAGUAUGUCCAGAGGCUUUGGCGAGAUGAUCAUCUAGACAAUAGCAAUAAAUUUGGACUUCCCCUUAACAUAAUUUGCAAACAACUUAUUUCCAUCAACAAUAGCUACCCGGCUUUGAAAAAUGUUUAUCUGCUGGAGUUCCACCCUUCCCUCGGCCUGGCUGCGCUCAUCCCCAGAGCCCUAGAGCACCUCCUCCGAGAGGCCCGCCACGCCUGCAGACCCACGUCAGCCAGUGGCCUCGCCGUGCUAGAGCGACGUGUCCUGUGGCUGGCCCUGGACCUGUGGCUCACUCCAGCCAAGCCCGAGGCCUGGUACAGCACUCAGCUCCAGAAAGAUCUGUUUUCAGCUAAAGUGAUGGGAGAUCCCUUUCUCGUGGAGGAAAUAGGCCUGCUUGCACUCAAGUCUGCAGUAGAUGAAGGACAGAAACAAGGACAAGAUUCUCAUGUGCUGCAACUGGAGACGUAUUCCAAACUUCUGGAACUCUUGACCCUCCACCACCGGCUGGUAGAACUGAGUGUGGAGAGUGCACACUUAGCUUGGCUCUAUAAGGAAUUGGCAUGGGAGAUGGGUUUUGAAGAGUUCCAUUUGUAUCUGAGGCCUGUUCACUUUGAAUUUGCAUCACACAAGGACAAGGUGGACCAACCACCUCCUGUCUUUAUAACCUCUCUGCUGGAGGACAGCAGCCGGGUAGACAGAUAUUCUCCUCCUACUCUUGUCUUAGCCAUCUCUGAGUUAGAUGAUAACCAAGUUGGCAAAUUUAGUUUUUAUACAAAGGAAGCCAUCCUUAAGCUCUUGUUCCAUUCAGGAGUGGAAAAUAUGCAAGUGACCCUUGCAUGCCAAGCUGCUCAUAAAAAUGCUUUGAUGGUGGCUGUCCAGCAGGUGUACUUCUAUCUCGUCCCUCGAGGGGGCCAUCCUGCUGAUGUCAAGGAAAUAAGUUCAGAUCUGAGAAAUCAUGGUGGCUUGGGUCCAGCCAGAAGAAGACAUUCCCGAAUUGUGAAUGGCAGAGAGAGUUUGCUAUUAGCCCCAAGUCCAAAAGCCCCAGACACUCUUAUGCGUUCUUCAGAAAGAUUUCAGGCUACCAAAAGGGCUCCAGAGGCUUUUGUGUCUAUUCAGCUAGAAAAGGUGGGGCUGCGGGACAUGAUGCUGAACGCCUUCCUCCUCAAGCAGCAAACCAUGGCCGACAGAAUGAAGAGCCCCGAUGAAAUUGGAAAAGUCAAGAGAGACGUUAUAGCUGAAUAUUGUCAAAAGUUUAACCACCACAUGUCUCACUAUGCUCUCCGGGGUCAGAUCAUGGCAUACUGCAAUAGCCUGAGAGCCCUGCUGGAAGAUUUUCCUACCAUCAGGGAUACCUUUUUUAUGGUAGGGCAGCCACAAGAAAAGAAGGGACCGAGGGACUCCAAGGAGGGCCUCAAGGCUGACCCCAGGACUUUUCAGCCCCGGCCACGACGUUUGCUGUCGGCUGAUGGAAAAGUCUUCCUCAAUUUAUGGUUCAUACCCCAUCCUUCUGAAGUGCUGGUUAUGUUCAAAACGCUGCCAGAAGAGGAAGCUUUUCGAGCCUUAAAGCUAACUCUACAGCUAAUGGCUCCUCUCCAUGACAUUGUGGCCUACUUGUUCAGUUUUGCUAAACUUGGCAAUUGUCCCGCGUGUUUUGAAUUUCCUCUAAGUCCUAACCCUUUGAGAAGUGACUGGGGUGGAACCGAGGGCAUUGGACAUGAGCUUCAAGAACUACAGAAAAUGAUUGACAGCCUCGAGAGCCCCCAGGACCCUACGCAGGUGGCCCAGGUGCUCCUCCUCCGGAGGGAGGUUGUGUUUCUGCAGUUUGAUGCCGCAGUGAGGCAUCUCAUCCGAAGAACAUUUUUGGCAGCUGGAAACGUUCCUGCCUAUCAGUCUGUCACAGACUGCAUGUACCAUGGGCUGCCCCCACUGAGCAACUCCCUCCUGAAGAGCAUUUUUGCUUCACAGCUCAGCCUGCCCCAGCCACUGGAUCCACGGAGCCCCCAGGCAUUUGUGCUGUUCCCUUGGAGAGCAUCUCUGGAAGACGGAGGACCAUUCCCAGUUAUGAGUAGCAGCCCAGAUACCCUAGAAUAUAACAUGCAGCUGUGCCUCUGUGGGCUGAGUGACAGUGACCGCAAGGUGGCUCAUGGAGAGUUGGAGGGCGUGCAACUGCUGAUGGAAGAUGUUCUGAGCAGCUAUCACAUGACCACGGAGGGGGCCCCAGGACAGCAAGCCACACUGGACAGAAACACACAGCCAGAUUGGUCCAAAGUGCCAGGAUUCAGAAGUCAGUUUCGAAGUAGCCCAAAGGCCUCCAAACUGCGGGAGGGCCCAUGCGAUGCAGUGAAGUCCCUCGCUUUGUUGAGAUCAUUUCUGAUACUGUGGAAGCAGCUGGAAGUACUAAAGGAGCACUGGGGCCGACUCAGGCUGCAAGGCCAGGACAUCAACUCUGUCUCUCUCUACAAACAGUUCUCGGAGCUCUAUGAGAGUGACAUUCUCUACCCCAGCAUGAAAGUUUUAGCCAGGCAGAUGGGGAAAGAAGAUGAAUUUGAAGUACUUACAAUAAAUAGUCAGUCUACUCUUCCCCCAAAAGGAGCUUCAGAAAUUGAAAUAAAAGCUCAGCAGCUUCAGAAGAUUCUGGAAAAUUGUGAAAUUCAUAUGAUCCAAGAGGUAUUGACAAAAGUUAACAGAGAGAUGACACUGGUUUUAUCAGAAAAAUCCAAGCAGGAGUGUACUCUCCCUACAGAUCUUUGGAAACACCAAGUCAUGAAAGAAAACCUUUCAGUCAUAAGACCACAGAUAGUUGAAAAAUUUAUGCAGAGAUUAAUGGAGGAUUACCAGGAUGGUGGACUAGAGGUCACUUUCAGGAAAGACCACCUUGAAGCCUGCCUGCUUUCCCUGGGUUGUGAUGUGAUGGCAAGAGAGCGCAGCAACUUUGAGACCUACUCCAUGUGUUACGAGCACGUGCUGCAGCAUGCCACACAGAGGCUCCGCCUGAAGGAGCAGGAAUUAGAUGCCAUACGAAGAGGUCAGGGUCCACCUGAAGACCAUGCUGGCCAGGUUGCAGAGCUUAGUCAUGAUAUGAUCAUGGAAAUCACUGCUCUGAGAGCCCAACUCACGGACUUGGAAGAGGAGAAUCUGAAUCUCAAAAAGCAGAUUAGAAAAGAAGUCCAAGAAGAAUAUGAAGCAUUGGUCCAAGCUUUGUUUGUGACCUGUUUACACAUAAAAGAGAAGCUGGAAGAGAAUCAGUUUAAUUUGAUCCAGAAUGUGUGUGAGCUCAUCGGCGAAGUGAGAACAGAAGGGAUUGACAAUAUGAAGGACCUAAAGAAAAAGUGGGGCUCUGCCAGGCCUGACGAAGGAAGGAAAGAAAACCCAGCCAAACAGGAGCAGCUGUGGGCCUUGGAGCAGGACAACUGCAGCCUGGCCGCCCUGGUGUGCAGAGUGAGGAGCCUGGGUCGCUGGAGGCUGGCGGCGCAGCAGGCGCACUUCCGGGCCCAGCUGAGCAGGGCAGAGAAGGAAUCUAUUCAAAGUAAAAAAGAGUAUUUGAGCAUCAAGCUAAUGGCAGAACAAGAAGCGGGUUUACUUCGCCAACAGUUACUGGCGCUCAGGCAGGCCCUGGCCAGGGCGCAGGCUGACAAUGUGACGAUGUGGAAGCAGCAGGAUGACCAGGCUCAGUGGCUGAAGGAGUUAGAACACAGAGUGACCCAGGAAGCCCUCACCCGGCAGCAGCUGGAUGUCAUGAAAACAUCCAGCAUGGAGAAGCUCCUGGAAGAUGUGGGGCAGAAAGAACAGCAACUGCAGCUCCUUACUGAAGAGGCUGAGAGGGCAUCUAAGCUGGGCCGGCUGCAGCAGAAGAGGAUGAGGAGGGAACUGCAGCAGAUGAGAAGCCGGCUUGCCCAGGAGCGCAGCGUGAAGCUGGAUGCUUUCCAGCGUGUAGAAGAGCUACAAAGUCAGCUUAAUGACGCCGAGCGAUCGUCCGUCCAGAUGAGCUCUCCAGGAGGUUUCGUAUCCCGGGCUCAAUACUCCCUAAGUUCUGCUUCCACAUCAUCCAGAUACUCCCAGCAGUGCUGUUUAAAGACUAAUCUCACAGGCAGUAAAAUGGCAAGGCGGAUUCCAAGGCCAAAGACCGUACCUAUUAAAUACAAAAAAAGGAUUGAUGAUGUUUUCCUACCCAGUGUGGCAGAAAAUGUUCAACUUACAGCUUUUCAAGUUCAAACAGCUCCAUCCAGAAUCCCAUUCAGACCUGACUGGUAAUCAUAUCUUCUUUUUUCCAAGUUGUAUUUCUAUGAGCAUUUUAUGAAUAAAAAUGACUAUAAACUCCA